AUGGAAUACAAAAUUUGCCACGCUGUCAAGACACAGUCAUCGGAUGAACACGUUACUAAAUUAAUCACAAGAUUUCCUAAAGUGUUCAAAAAGGAUUUAGGACUUUGUACCAAAACAAAAGUAAAACUACAUCUGAUACCGAAUGCUAAACCUACUUAUAUCCAGAAGCGCCCCGUUUCGUACGCAGCGUUACCCAAGAUUGAUGCCGAAUUACGUCUCGAGAAGCUAAACAUCAUAGAGAAGACAGAUUUCUCAUUAUGGGCAGCACCUAUUGUAGCGGUCAACAAACCUAACGGGAAGAUUCGCAUAUGUGCUGAUUAUUCCACUGGAUUGAACGCCGCAUUACAACCUAAUAAACAUCCACUACCACUUCCUGACGACAUUUUUGCCAAGUUAGCGGGUAAACAAUAUUUCACAGUAAUCGACUUCUCAGAUGCGUAUUUUCAAUUGGCAGUGGAGGAAGAGUCUCAAGAAUUGUUAACCAUCAAUACACAUCGCGGGCUAUUCAAAUUUAAAAGAUUACCAUUUGGUGUCAAAUCUGCACCAGGAGCAUUUUAA